CCUUUAAAAUGUCUUUCAUCUCAGACCUACGAUAUGUUUAAAAAUUGGUCUAGGUUUGGAAAAUUAUUUCUUUAAAGCUAAAGGUCAUAGAACUAUACGUACUUUUGCGCUACCCAAAACAAGAAGUGAGUGUUUAAUAGAUAGAAAAUGGCUCUGCAAAAUGCUUUUAAUGCAGUGAAGAGCAAAGCAUUGGGUGUUGCCGAAUAUAUGACACCUGUUUUGAAGGAAUCAAAAUUCAGAGAUACUGGAGUCAUAACACCUGAGGAGUUCGUAGCAGCGGGAGACUAUCUAGUACAUCAUUGUCCAACUUGGCAUUGGUCGACAGGGGAAGAAUCGAAGAAAAAAAGUUAUCUUCCUGCAGAUAAACAAUACCUCACUACCAAAAAUGUACCUUGCUACAAACGAUGCAGUCAAAUGGAGUACGAUACUGGAAAUGAAGCCAUCAUUGAAGAAGGUGAUGAUGAUGGUGGCUGGGUAGAUACUCAUCAUAAUGUUGAAAUUGUUAGUGAAAGUAAAGAUGACCAAGAUAUUAAGACUCCUGCAACAGAGGUGGCGAAUAACGAUGAUGACGACGAUGACGAUGAUGACGAUGAGGCAAUGGACAUGGAAGCGUUUGAAGAAGCGGGUAUGUUAGAAGAUGCAGCCACUGUAUCAAACACCGCUCAACGAAAAGAUAUAUUACAAGAAGCUGCGUUAACGAAAGAUGGUAUUUUACAGACCAGAACGUACGACUUAAACAUCACGUACGACAAGUAUUAUCAAACGCCAAGGUUGUGGCUUUUUGGCUAUGACGAGGGUAGGAAGCCACUAAAUAUGGAGCUAAUGUACGAAGAUAUUAGUCAGGAUCACGUUAAUAAAACUGUUACAAUGGAACCUCAUCCACACCUCCCGCCGCCACCUAUGGCAUCCAUACACCCUUGCAGACACGCUGAGGUGAUGAAAAAAAUUAUUUCUACCGUCCAAGAUGGGGGAGGCGAAGUUGGCGUCCACAUGUAUUUGCUAAUAUUUCUUAAGUUCGUUCAAGCUGUCAUUCCAACGAUCGAAUACGACUAUACGCGCCAUUUUAACAUGUGAUCGAAUCAACCGAACAGAAACGGAAAAAUCUUUUUGUUGUAUCCAAUUUUUUACAAUGUUUAAACGCCGGGUUCUUUUUUGUCGGCUAACGUGAGCUGGAGAAUGCAACAAACCAACAACUUCCCUUAUGUCAAACAUGUACAGACGAAAUUUUCUUACACUUUCCUAAAUCAUUUUUUAGCCAUUUACUGUUUAUAUAAACUUCGAUUUUGUUUCAGUGUAAUGGAAUAAUUUAAAAUUAAUAUAACACUACCGCUUCUGUAGUAA